AUGAUUCAAGAGUAUGAAAAUAAUAAUAAUCCAAACUCAAUAGAUUACGAAGGCUAUUUUGAAAUGCUGAAGGAAAAUAAAGAUCUUAAAAUUCAACAAGAAAACAAUAAUCUUUAUGAGAAUCAACCAUCAUCAUCAUCAUCAUCAACAAGGAAUGAAAAUACAAUCUCUCAACAAGCAAUAAUAUUAUCAAUUCCUAUCAACAAAACAAUUUGUAUCGACACUAACCAAUAUGUGAAUGAAAACUCUUUCGAUAAUAAUACUCCUACGGAUAGUAUUCCAAAAGAAAAGAAUACGAGGUCCGAUGAAAUCACUUUGCAGAUUUCAGACUUGUUUAUGACUCAACAGAGUGUCUGCUUAAAAUAUAAUCUACCAAAUUCUUCGAAACUAAGUAAGAGAUUCCUUAGAUAUACUUGGGGCAGAUAUAGAACGAUAAAGAAUACCAGUAGUGACCGAAAAUACCAACAGAAAACCAAAAAGCUAUGUAAAUGUCUAAAGAAAAUGUUAGAUUCUAAAAUAGUUUGGCCAUAUAGAUUGGUAACGACAAGUGAAAAGACUCUUAAAAAAAGACUCAACGUUUCUAUAGAAUCUCUUCAAAGAUAUUGGUUGAUUAUUUAUUCAGGUCCAAUAGUAAUUUAA